AUGCAACAAUGCUGCCCCCUCAGACAGGAGUCUUACUGCAGAGGCCAGUUCCUGUGGAAGAGGGGAGCUGAGGCUGUGAGGGAGGACUCGCCUCCCAGGGGAGAGGAUCCCCCUAGGAUGAUUAUUUCCACGUGGGGCGUGUACAUCUUGAUGUGUAAAUCCAUUGGCCGUCGGUUCCCACCCAGCAGGGCUCCGGACAUUAAAGUCGUGGAGACAGAGAUGCUGUCUGUGCUAGAGCACUGGCUGAGGAAGAUUGAAGAAGAAGCUUCCAAGAUCUUCAAGCAGAAAGUGGAAAACAAGGCAGAAACCAAAGCAACCCCUUCUGCUGGCCAAGGUGCAGGGAUGACAAAGUCACAGUCUGUUCAAGUCUCUAGCACGAAACUGCCAGUUUUGUCAUCUAGCCGCGGUCUUCUGGAGGAGAGGACAAAGAUCCAGUUCAUAAGAUGGAGUCAGACCCGGGUCUAUCGAGUAUCAAGUGACAUGAGGAACGAAGCCAUGCGGGAGAGAUUGGAACAAGUGCGAAACAGCGUGUCCCAGGUCAUGCUUCAAGCAAUGCAGAACAACAGGUCGAACACUGAGAUCCGAGCCACGCUUUCGAGCUAAAUAUAGCAG